AUGAUACCAAGAAAGUACGUGAUUUUUUCAUCUCAUGUCCAUAGGGAGUACUAAAGACUAUCAGAAGACAGUAUGAACCUGAAGAGCAGGUACGAAUACUUGAUGGGAGGAAUGCGAAACGACUUCGGGAGCAAGCCGAGACUUUGAGGGAAGCCGAAUUAGUAAAGGCGGCAAAUGUGGCACGAGAGACCCAAGAAGAUCAAGCAGCUCAAGAUGCACAGGACACUCGAGAAGGUCAAGAAGUCCCACGGGCAUCGGCCAGUUCAAAUUCGACUCCAACGGUACAUGCCAACUUACCACCAUGGUUCCAAUGCAUUCUGGACGGUAGCCUGCUCCGUUUGAUGACUUCAGAUGACCCACACUUAGACCAAAUUCCUCUUGAUGAUCUGGCUCGCCUAAAUAUGGUUCUUCGUUCAAUCAAUCCCACAAUCGACAUCCCCUCAGAUGACCCCUCGGUAAAGGCGUUCCUGUAUAAAGGGGUACAGUAUCUUGUCGAUGGUACAAUGCUUUACCUAUUCGAGUUGAGUAUUUCGAACGUCGCACAGAUUUCAGAACAGGCCAAAAUACAACUCCAUUAUGCCCUGAUUGAGUUAUUCCAUGGAGGAUCAGGAGAAUCUCACGAUCAUGAUUGUGAAGAUGUGGCGGCAGAUAUGCACAUGCAAAGUUCAUCCGUCACACCAGCAACAGACCCCACCCUCGAAAAAGAUAUCAUCAAUCAUAGAUUUUCAUUAGAUCUAGAAGAAUUAUCAAUCGCGCUUGGUGGGAAGUGUAGAUUAUGA